AUGGCAGUAUAUUACUUAGACAAAGACGCGGUAGAAUGUUGGGAGAGUAGGGAUAACCAAGUGGGACAUCUAGUCACCACUUGGGCAGCAUUCAAAAAAGAAUUUGAACGCAAGUAUUUCACCCCGGUGUCCAAGCGAAGGCUUCAACAGUUAGAAAAUAGACUGGCAGUCGGGAACUACGAGAGUCUCACCGAGCUAGUGGAAAACGCUGUGAAUGUGGAGAUCGUAUUGGAAGCUGAGAAGGCGGCAAGUAAGAAAUCUAAGCAGCAUCAAGAAGGAAAGUAUGGUGGAAACCAAAGAUCAUUUAAGGGUAAAGACAAGGAAAAGGAACCGGGAGGGCCCAAUCGACGAUCUCUGUUCACAGGAAAAUACUUUAAUUGUGGCAAGAUAGGCCAUAAAUCAAGUAAAUGCUACGGGAAGAAACCUGGAUCCUUUCAGUCAAACUCCUACAAUCCUACAUGCUACACGUGUGGAAAGAAAGGACACAUCUCUACCCAGUGCAGCGUCAAUCCUCCUAUCCCAGCUACGCCAAUCGCUGUUCAUCCUCCCCCAGCUCCAUCUGCAAUCGCACCAGCGCCAAAAAGGCAAGCUAUAGGAGGUAGAGUUUACACUUUAGAACUAGAGGAUACUAAACCUCCAGGCCCAUCUAAGGGUCCCAUCACAGGAAUUUUACAUGUUGCGGGACGUCCCACACAUGUAUUGUUCGACUCGGGGGCAACACAUAGCUUGGUGGCCCCUGAGGUAGCUGCCGAGUUUGUGGGUUCAUUUGUGAUUGACAGGAUGGAUGUGGCUGUGAUGAUUCCCGGAGACCAAACCCUCCAAGCAAAAGAGUGCCUCAGAAGAGCUCUGUUAGUCAUUUACGAGAAGAUGUUUGUGGCAGAUUUGUUGGUGGUUCCCUUAAAGGGAUAUGAGGUUAUUAUGGGCAUGGAUUGGUUAUCAGGCUAUCGGGCUCAAUUAGAUUGUGGAAAAGCAUUAAAAGAGUUACCUCCACCUCGGAGUAACCCUUUCACAAUUAACUUGGAACCUGGAGCUAAGCCUAUAGCAAAGGCUCCUUACCGCAUGGCACCCGCAGAGUUAGCAGAGUUGAAGAAACAACUUGAAGAUUUAAUGGAGAAAGGUUUCAUAAGACCUAGCUCUUCACCAUGGGGAGCUCCGGUCUUAUUUGUCAAGAAGAAGGAUGGUAGCAUGCGACUUUGCAUUGAUUAUCGAGGAAUCAACAAUAUCACCAUCAAAGAUAAGUAUCCUCUUUCGAGGAUAGACGAGUUGUUGGAUCAUCUAAGGGGAGCUAGUUGGUUUUCGAAGAUCGACUUGGCGUCGGGUUAUCAUCAUUUUCCAAUUUCAGAAGGUGAUGUCAUGAAGACUGCGUUUAGAACUCGUUAUGGACAAUACGAGUUCGUAGUAAUGCCUUUUGGCCUUACUAAUGCACCGGCGGCCUUCAUGAGAUUGAUGAAUGAAGUCUUCCAUGAUUAUCUCGACAAGUUCGUGAUAAUCUUCAUCGAUGACAUUUUAAUAUAUUCCAAGACAGAGGUAAAGCACAAAGCACACUUAAAGCUAGUGUUGGAACGGUUAAGAAACCAAAAGCUGUAUGCCAAGUUCAGCAAGUGUUCUUUCUGGAAAAGAGAGAUCGAGUUUCCGUAG